CUAUAAUACAAUUUUUUUUUCUUUUUAUUGUUGCAAACUAGAAUUAAUUCUCAAUUAAAUAAGGUGGUUGCAUUUUCAGAAUAGUGGUCCAUAAUAGAUAUAUAUAUAUAUAUAUAUAUUAAUCUCAGUGAUCAAUUGGCUGAGGUCACAUAAACAAGAAUUGAAGUGAUAAUGUCUGCUUAUAUUUUACUAGCGGCCAAUUCCAGUGCUAACAAUGCUCAUCGCAAGCAGUUGGAGAAGAGAAGAAGAGUUAAGAAGAGUGGUCACAGUCAAUAUGAUCCAUCUACUACUUCCGAGUCAAUUCGUCGAUACAGUACUUAUUCCUCGCUGCAUUCCUCUGGAUCAAGAAGUUCAAGUGAUCGUAAAAAAGUUUAUGAUGUUAAUUCCAAUGCUUACGUUGACAGAUCAAUGUUAAUGACUACAACCGAAAAAUUAUUAAGUCAGUAUGAUUCUCAAUAUGAAGCCAUUAAAAAUGCAAGUAAGUAUCAAUGGUUGAACGAAAAAUUGAAUCACUGUCAUCUUGAUACAAGUAUUGAUGAUUCAUUAUUAUUAACUGAAAAACAUUUAAAUUUAUUAAGGUAUUCAUAUUUUAAGACUUUCACCCAUGAUUAUGAUUUGAUAUUAAGAAACAUGAAUUCCACUGAUUCAAAUAAUCAACCUAGUUUGAAGUAUCUUCGAAAGAUUGAAAAAUUAAGAAGAGCAAAGAAUAAGAUAAGUCAUGAAUCAAUCCAGACUAGCGAUGACGAUGAUGAUACGAAGGAAGAAGAUGAAGAUGUUAAAAUGGCUCAUUUCGCCAAAUGCUUGAAUAUAAAUGAUGAAAGGGCCAUUUUCCAAGAAUAUUCUACAUUUAAAGCCAAUUUAGAUAAUGGAGCUAAAUCAAAUAUUAGAUCAUUAAUGAAAUCAAACAAUUUUUGGAAUAACAUUUAUCAAGAUAUUAAAUUUAACUAUAUACAAUUAAAACAUUCAUAUAAUUAUUUUGAUUAUUUACCAAGAAUUGAGUUUACCAUGAAUUUUUUCGGUGAAUUAUUUGAUUUAUUUCUUUAUAAUAUUAAAAUGCUUAAAAUUAACAUUCCAAAUAAUUUAAGAUUGAAAAAUGAAGAUGCUGAUUUUUUACAAAAAUUUACAUUUUUCUAUUUUGAUAAUCAUAAUUAUGAAAAGAUUAUUGAAAUGAGUCAUAGACAUUUGAAAACAUAUCAAACUCAAUCAACAAUGAAUAAUACACUUAAUAGUCCAAUAAGUUUAAGUUUUAAUUUAGAUCGCAAAGAUUCAGUGCAACAAGAUUUAAACAUUCAUAAAGAUUUAAUGAAUAAAUUAAUUGAAACAUUAAUUGAUAAUUUGAAAAAUUCAUUAAAUUUACCAGAUAGAAUUUAUCAACAUAAUGAAAAUAAUAAAUUAUUUAAAUUGUGGGAAAGUUUUUUAAGAUUAGUUAUAUUCGAUUUAUUAGUUGAUGAAAAAUAUUACUUACAACAAUUUAAUAAUGAAACUAACGAAGAAGAUGAUGUAUUACCAGCACCAACUAUAGAUUAUGAAGAUGAUGACUACGACAGUUGUUUAUCACCAUCAUCAUCAACAUUUGAUUUUACUUCUCCAAUGCAAAUCAAUCCUUCUAGUUGGGCCAGUAGUCCAAUUCAAUCAAGAAGUUCAAUUAUUAGUAGUAAUACUAAUAAAUUGAAAAUUAUGAGAAAUUCUUCGGUAAGCUCAAGAUCAACUACUCCUUCUAGUAUUAUGUCUAGUCCUAAACAACGGAAUAAAAAUAGUGUUGCAUCUACUAUUUCUUCAUACAGUUACGCUCAACCGAAUAUUGGUUUGGGUAUAAGUCAUGAAGCUGAGGUUAGUACCCCUACCACUCCCGAAGAUCGGUCAACCAAUCAUCAUGAUAUAGUUGGUUAUCCUUCUUCAAAACCAAGUCCUCCUCAAUCACAAAAAACUUUUAAACUUGGUUCAAAGUCUUCAUCUCCAAGUAUGACUACUAAUAAGAGUCGUAAAUCAAUUUUUGGUAAAUUUCGUAAACAAUAAUUCUUUUUUUGG